CGCCACCGUCAAAGCAGCGGGGUUGCGCUUCCUGUGCUAGCUCGGUCGCUGCUCCCUUAAGGCGCCGGCCACGUCCAUUCAGGGUUCCUGUGAAGAAAACGGUACGCGUAAAGAAAUGAGGAAGUGAAGUUGGCUGCUUUUUCUUGAUCCAUUUAUUACUGGUCAAGGAACGAUGGUUUGGAUGGCCUAGUGGAUUUUAAUGCCGUUGCACGAUGAAGAAGCUCUGCCCGCCCCAGGCUCUGCUGAUUGCCUGCUGGCUGCUUGUCUGGAGUCCGCUGCCGGUGCACAGCUGGGAGAGCGACUUGGAGCUCUUCGACUUGGUGGAGGAGGUGCCGCAGAACUUUUACGAGUUUCUGUCAGUUGAGCAGGACGCCUCUUCCGCGGACAUCAGGAAGGCCUACCGCAGACUGUCGCUGACCCUGCACCCGGACAAGAACAAGGACGAGAAUGCCGAGGUCCAGUUUAGGCAGUUGGUGGCCAUCUAUGAAGUCCUUAAGGACGAUGAGCGGCGGCAGCGGUAUGACGACAUUCUGCUCCACGGGUUGCCCGACUGGCGUCAGCCCGUCUUCUACUACAGGCGAGUGAGGAAGAUGAGCAAUGCUGAGCUGGGCCUGUUGCUCUUCAUCAUCCUCACUGUUGGCCACUAUGCUGGCAUGUGGUCAGUGUACCUGGAAAAACAGCUGGACGAGCUGCUCAGUCGGAAGAGACGGGAGAAACGGAAAAAGGGAAGCAGCCGGAACACCGAGGACGCCAAGCCGGCCCAGGAGCGAAGCGACAGGCUAUCGGACAGACCGCGGUGGUACGACGUCUUGCCCGUCAAACUUGGACUUUGGUUUUAUUUUUUCUUAAAGUCGCUGCCACAGCGGAUUCAGGAUGCCAGGCAGUUCUAUGAAGACUACAAGGAGAUGAAGAUGAAGGAGAGGGAGGCGGCCCUGGAACUGGCGCAGCAGGAGGCCGCACAGAGGGAGAAAAAACCCAAGGUGAAGAAAACCAAAACGGAAUUCCCCGAGUACGCCGACAGUGUGGCCGACUGUUUUGUGCCAUCCUACGAUCAGGGGGCCACCAUUGAGGAAGUCGAGGCGCAGAUGAAUGACUGGCUGGACGAGAAGGGCAAGUUGCAGAAGAAAAAAGCGCCCGAGUGGACGGACGAGGACCUGAGUCAGCUGACCCGGAGCAUGGUCAAGUUCCCAGGGGGCACUCCGGGUCGAUGGGAGAAGAUUGCGCAUGAACUGGGACGCUCGGUGGCAGAUGUCACCUCCAAGGUGAAGCAGGUCAAGGACUGCGUCGCCAGCCAAGCAGGUACGGUCAAGUUUUCUGAGUUGAAAUCCUCGGUGCAGACGGUGAAAAGCUCGAAAGUAGUGAGUGCCGAUUUACCUGAUGCCAUCAUCACAAAGCGGGACGCCGAUGACGACUCGCUUGCGCCUGCGGACGCUGACUCCUGUGAAGAUGGGGGAGCCGACGGUAGAGUUCGACGACGGCGAGCGGGAAAGACCUCCACCAGGACUGUGGUCAAAGAGGAGGUGGACGAGAAACCCAAAGGCCGGCGCCAAAGAGAUUAUGACAGCACGGCUUGUGACGAGGACAGUGGCGAUGAGAAGAAAGCCAAAGAGGAGGUGUGGACGCAGAACCAGCAGAAGCUUCUAGAGCUCGCCCUGCAGCAGUAUCCAAGGGGGACGGCCGAGCGGUGGGAUAAGAUUGCCAAAAUCGUCCCCGGGAAGUCCAAGGAGGAGUGUAUGGCACGCUACAAGCUUCUGGCAGAGCUAGUCCAAAAGAGAAGACAAGCCCAGAGCUGAUGGCACCUGGCGGCAACCGUCACUUAUCUUGUCGUGCAUCGUGCUUUCAUUGGCGGCUACCUGCUGUGGACUCCCAACUGAAGACGCCCGGCCACCCGUUACCUUCGCCUUGGUGCCUCAACUUCUCUCUCCUGUUGAACGUUGGAGCUCCACCCGUGUGCCACUGACUGGUUUUUAAUGUUUACAGCAUGGACUCCCUGUGGAGAGGAAAUGCACCUGAAAGCCGAGGCCACCAUAGCCUGCAAUGGCUAGGCAUUGUGGGAUUGGAGGGACAGAAGACAACAACGCUUUAAUAAAGCUGUCACAAGUCAAA